CGGCUCACCCACCCUCUGUCUCUUCCAGAUCCCAGAACGCCGCGGCGCUGCAACACUCUGCUCACCCGAAAAAUCCAAAUAAACACCUUUACAACCUUCAGGCAGGCAGCAGAAAACAAAAAUGCGCCCGAUGCGGAUCUUUGUGAACGACGACCGGCACGUGAUGGCCAAGCACUCGGCCGUGUACCCCACGCAGGAGGAGCUGGAGGCCGUGCAGAACAUGGUUUCCCACACGGAGCGGGCCCUCAAAGCCGUCUCCGACUGGAUCGACGAGCAGGAGAAAGUCAGCGGGGAGCAGCCGGAGACGGAGUCCAUGGAGACGGCGGCCGAGGAGGAGAGCAAGGAAGGAGGGGAUCAGAAGGCCACGGAGCAGCUGACGAGGACCCUGCGGGGGGUGAUGCGCGUGGGGCUGGUGGCCAAAGGCCUCCUGCUGAAGGGGGACCUGGACCUGGAGCUGGUGCUGCUGUGCAAAGACAAACCCACGGCCAAGCUCCUGGAAAAAGUCGCCGAUAACCUGGGAGUGCAGCUCGCGGCCAUCACCGAGGACAAGUACGAGAUCAUCCAGUCGGUGGGAGACGCCGCCAUCGUCAUCAAGAACACCAAGGAGCCGCCGCUGACGCUGACCAUCCACCUGACGUCCCCCGUGGUCAGGGAGGAGCUGGAGAAGCAGCUGGCCGGAGAAACGCUCUCAGUCACCGACUCCCCGGACGUUCUGGACAGGCAGAAAUGCCUUGCUGCCUUGGCGUCUCUGCGCCACGCCAAGUGGUUCCAGGCCAGGGCCAACGGGCUGAAGUCGUGCGUCAUCGUCAUCCGGGUGCUGCGGGACCUCUGCACUCGCGUUCCCACCUGGGCCCCGCUGCGAGGAUGGGUAAUUGCCCCUUUUCGUGUUCCGGGGAGGGUUGGCAGCGUUUCUCCCAGUCCAGCUCUGCUCUUUCCCAAGGUUCCAGCAUUCCCAGCUUGGGCAUUUCUGUGGAUGAGCGAUUUCUCUGCUCUCGGAGACGCAACCCAAAAGUCCGCGGUGCAAAUGGGUUUAUUGGUCGUUACCUGGCCUUGCCUUAACGUGAAGCAGCAGGGACCAAUCCUGACGAAGCACGGCAAGAACCCGGUGAUGGAGCUGAACGAGAAGCGGCGCGGCCUCAAGUACGAGCUGAUCUCGGAGACGGGCGGGAGCCACGACAAGAGAUUUGUCAUGGAGGUGAGGGGACACGGAGCUUCCCAGAGCUCCAGAUCCCAGUCCAAACCCUAUCCCAGAGCUUGGAAAAUCACCUCAACCCCUUCCCGGGAGUUUAAAUCAUCAAAUCCAACCCCCACAGGCGGAUACUCCUCCCAGUCCAACUACAACUCCCCGGGCUCCCAGAACUACAGCGGCCCCCCCAGCUCCUACCAGGCGUCGCAGGGCGGAUACGGCAGGAACGAGCACAGCAUGAGUUACCAGUACAGAUAAACCCCCGUUCUUCCUCCUCCUCCUCCUCCUCCUCCUCCUCCUUCCCUCCGGAUCCUCCGGAUUUUAUCCCCUUUUUCCCAUUUUUCCCCCUUUUUUCCCCCCCAAAAUCCCGUUGCUCUGUGUGACCCCCGUCACCUCCGGGCCUCUAUUUAAUGGGUCGUAGUUGCCACGACGACUUGGUUUAAAUAGGAUUAUUAUUAUUAUUUUUUUUUUGUGGGGGGGGUUUUUGGUUUUGGUUUUUUUUUGGGGUUAUUUUUUGAGGUUUUGGGGUUUUUUUGGGGAAGUCGAUCCGAUUCCGGAGCCUUUUCCCAGGCCCCGGCGAAGGGAGGGGCCCUCGUUGUUCUGCUUUUGUGAAGUGCGUUAAAAAGGAGCUUUUUUCGGUA